AUGCGGAAUGAACCCGGAGCAGACGAGGGUUCACCGUCGAGACGCCCUGCGAGGGCUGCCUGGCUUGAUGACGAAGGUUCGAUGCCAGUGGCGAGGCGCUCGCUCACUGGCAGGAAGUUCAAAAGCUCAUGCGCCAUCGUCGUCGUCGACACGGGCUUCGGUGCGAGGCGCUCACUCGCUCAGAUAAUGGUGCGGACAAACCCCGAAAAGAACGAGCGCCCGAGCGAACGAAGCAAAUGGCACCACCUCCAUCUCCAUCUCCACCUCAUUGAGAUCCUCGACCCUCCCCCUCCCCUCCCCUCCCCUCCCCUCCACUCGAGUGCUCGCUCGCUCGUCCCGACGACGACGACGGCCCCAACAUCUUCUGACUUGUCGACGGCGAGCGCUCGACAGGUCGAAUGUUCCCCAUCCCCGCCCCCACCCUCCCCAUCGCUGCAGCCCCGCCGCGAGGGCUUUCAUGGCGCCCACCUGGCGGCCACGCAAGCUCCGCUCGAGAGGGCAGGGCCCCGCGGCACAAGCAAGGAAGGAAGCCCGCAACGCGAACCCGCCUCCGCAAUUUCUUUCCGUCCCUUUCCUUCCCUUCCCUUCCCUUCCCUUACCUUUCCUUUCCUUUCCUGUCCACGCGCCUUGUCUUUUCUUUCCGCGCGAUCGAUGGCGACGUCGCUAUUUUCGAAGGAUCCAAGGAGCGAAGGAGAUCUGCAACUGGGUGACGUGUUACGCAGUCCAAAAGGCCACGACGACAUUUGGGCUACGUCGUCGAUCACCACCACCAGCUUCGAAGUGCGUGGUUCAACCUUUGGUAUUUCCAGCUACGAUACCGUAUUUUUCACUUGCCCGCGGUGCCGUGUUUUACGACAUCACGCUUUAAUCGUAUCUGCAAUUUUUCUGGAUUCUCGCAUAAAUUUCACGUACAUGUACCUAUGA